AUGGGGCAUCGCGUCGCGCCAGGGCCCACCACCAGUGACACGACAGUCGUCGACGCCGCGCUCUUGUCCCUGAUUCGCGCGUGGCAGCCUCGCUACCGACUCGUUGUUGUCGCUGGCCUCGUGUACAUGUGGCUGUCGCUCGCGUGCAGCGUGUACUUUUUGUCCCUGACCGUGCCGAGUCUCAGCAGCGACACGUGGUGGCCGCACUACAACGUCUCGAGCUACGAGGCGUACCUCGUUGACGUUGUGAACAAUGCGCUCGUGACGCGCAAGGCCGGCUUCCUCGACGUCGAGAGCGCCGCGCCGCUCGAAGCAACGGUACCGACGCCGGCGUAUGCCCAGCAUUUGAUUUUCAACGAGCUCAACACGGUGACGUACGCCAUCACAAACCUUCGGACGCUCCAAGCAUCGUGGAGUCUGCGCAUGAACACCCAGUACUGCUACGUCGACUUUGAAAAGAAGUUUGAGAUCGCGCACACGCGUUUACGACAAGCGCGGUGUGCGACCAAGUACGUUGCGAAUGGCGCCGUGUACCUCGAAGCACUGCUCCGCAAUGCCAACUGGACAGCUUUUGAGUUUGCAUGGGGCCACUACUUUAACGUCGCGGUCAAAACCAGCCUCGAGGCCACGCGGGACGGCCGCUUGUGGCUCGCAACCACUACAUCGGCGCGUGAGACGACCUCGAUCGACCAAGAAAUCGCCGUUUGGGAGAACGCCAACCUGACGCACUUUACACUGCAAUGGCAAAACCGGUGGCUCACUGGCAUCUCGGAGACCAUGGCCAUCCAGAACGCUCUCGGGUCGAACCAAGAGGUGACGCUGAAGCAGCUCCCGCGUAUCUCGGGGCCAUGGACGUCCUUGACCUUGUACUGGAUCCCGUACAACACGAUGUGGCUCAUGUCGACACUGAAUCGGAGCCUCGUGUUUGAUAGCGCCAACUACUUUGGCGCCAAUCUCUCGGCCUCGAUGCCCGCCGUCUCGAUCGAAGCAUGGGCCAACUUUUACCCGACACCGGGCAACCAGUCGGCGGUCGUGCAGGCGUCAAUCGGGCCGCUCCCGUCGGUCGACACGUGGUUUCUCGCUGCACCGCCAUCCUUGCUCGCGUUUCACCAGUCCUUUGUACUGCUCUUGGAGUCGGUGUUGGCUGACAACAUUGCAUUUCAGAGCUUGUACGAAGCUCUACCAAUAACGAGCGAGUGGACACCCGUGCCGUCGGCGUGGGCACGCGACAGUCCUACAUACUAUGGCGGCAACCCCAUGUGCGCGUCGCAGCCUCCAACAUUGUACGUGCAGGAUACGGUGAACCUCGACGCGCCGUGCCCCGGGAACGACCCGUCGCCGCUGACCAUUGCAUCGACGCGGAACGCGCUGCUAUUUGCAACUGUCCUGUACAAUGCGUCCAUGUCGACCACGUCGCUCUGCGCUUUUGAUGCCGCGUCGUCGACGUGCAGCACCGUGGUGUCGAUGUUGCGUCAACUCGCCAACCUGAUCGAGCUGCCAACCGCACUGCAAGUUCAGCGCGAUGCGGCGAUCCUCGACACGGCCUCUGUCGGCGCCGAAAUCGUCCAGUUUGCAACGCAUGCCAAUAAUGGUAGUUGGGCACUGCUUCGGCAGCCGCUUCUCGAAAGGUCGUCGAGCUGGCGCUUUUACGGCUGGCUCCUCGUCCACGAUUGGAUCUUGCAUCAACGCAGUGUCGUGGCGCUCGAAGGGGAUGUCGGUCGUGUCACGCUGAUCUCCACCGUGCACCCAUCGUACGGCGACGUCGCGAGUUUGGAUCGGACCAACGCGGUCGAAUCGGCGUCCAUGGGUGUCUACUACUUGCUGACGUACUUUUCCGGUCUUCAGUGCGCCGUGGGCGCGCUCGUCACGGUUUACGCUCUCAAGACGCGUCUCCGCGUCGUCGGCCGCAAUUUGUUUUUCUUUCAUCGCGCGGUCGGCGCUGUCUGGAUCGGCCGACCGUUUCUCCUCCUGCGCUCCAUGGUCGCGAUCGCGAUCCUGAGUACGUCCCAGACCGCGCUGCACACCAAUGCACGUCCAAGGUUUCAGUUUGCGCCACGGUCCUAUGUGGCAACGCUCGUGCUCGCGGGCGACACGACGUGGCUCCUUUACAUCGUGCUCGGCAUGACCAUGGUGCACACCACGUACGAAGCCAGCGUGUACGGCCCGAUUGGAAGUCUCCUCGCGUGGCUCGGCACGGUUCUUCUCGAAGUGGCGGCGCCCAUUCGCACGAUGACGCGCCUGCAGCGGCAGUGUUCGAGCGUCAACAUGGACUUUGCCCUCGUGUGCCACAGCGGCACCGUCUACAUUGGCAACACCAUCCGCCUCCUGGAGCUGGUGGGUGUUCAAGUGCUGGCGGCGCUGGCGGCGGUCGCCAUCACGUCGCGCACGCGGCAGUACCGACGCCACGCGUCGUCGCCGAUCGUCGUGGCAGGGGCCGCCGACGCCUACUUCCGCCCCCCCAGCACCCACGAGUGGAGCAUGGACCCGGCGUCGUGUGCGAUGACGGGGCUUCUGACGCUCACGCUGCGGGGGGUCGCAUACACCUUCGAUAUCAAACUCUGGCUCCUCCUCCAAGAUACGCGGUCGUCUACCCACCAGCGGUCGCUUCGGCCUCACCGGACCGGGAUCACCGACGCCUGCGCUCCGGCGUUGACUGCAGCGGCGGGGCCUGGGUCCUGGGCCGCGCAUGGGUUUUGGGCCGUCGCCGGCCUCUGCUUUGUGCUCGGCAGCGUCGUCACGAGCGUCUCGUACAUGCAACUCGCCAACGUCAACUUGGCCAACGAUCUGUGGUGGGCGACGUUUUCUUUGACGGGCGCCCAUGCGCUGUAUGCGAAUUGGCUCAACCAGCAGCUCCUCCUUGGCUUGACGAGCCAAGUGACGGACUUGACGCGAGAGGAUAUCCUUUGGCCCAGCCUCUUUCCGGACGCAAGCGCCAUGAUCGGGUCGUCGGCGAGCUACGGAGCGCGGCUGCAAUACACCCAGCUAACGGUGAUCCAAGACGCCAUUCAAGGACUUCGCGCCACGAACGGAUGCGACGCGCCGUGGAUCUUUACGGCCUACUGCUAUGUAGACGUGCACCAGCGCUGGGAGAUGGCCGCCUCGGCCGCCCGCCAGCGUCGCUGUGCGACAAUGACCACCAACGGCGCUGUCUAUUUGGAGCUCACACUGCGCAACAUUGACAUGUCGGCGUUUUUACGCUGCUGGGGGGAUGCCUUUGGAACCGCUAUCACCAACGAACUUGAGCAAUCGACCGAGGGCUUGGCAUGGCUCGAGCAGACGCUGCAGGUGGGGUCGCCGCCAUUUCAUGUCGUGGCCGAUGAGAUAGCGUAUUGGCGCCGCUUCAACAUGAGCCACUAUACGCCGCAAUGGCAAAACUUCAAGCGCAUUGGCAUCACAAACCACUACCGCAUCAUGAACGCGUUCGGUGUACUGUACCCGUUCACGCUGCAGACCCAGCCGAGCGUGUACCGCAUCCCAGCGCAAACGAGCUUCAAGAUGUACUGGGGCCUCGCCAACGACUUGGUCCGCGACAAGAAUGCGACGACCAGCCUGCUUCGGUCCAGUCCACACUACCGCUAUGCGAACGCGUCGAUGGAGUCGCAUUUGAUAUCGCACCAAACGCUCACGACGCCGUUCAACGCUGUGUUUUCGCUUGUCCGGUCCUUGCUCGGACCCUUUGGCACGAUCGAUGUGUACUUUGUACCGGUGCCACAAGACGUCUUGUCGAUUGUCCGGUCGAUUGCCGCGAUCGGUCGGGCGACGAUUGCCACCGACCAGACGCUGCAAGCCGCUUUCUUUGGGUUUGCCACCAGCAGUGCCGUCCACCCCGUGCCGGCCGCAUGGCUGCAAACACGCUUUCUCAACGCGUACGGUGGCUCGUUUCUCUGCAGCGAGCUCGCGCAGAGCGGCGACAACCGCGUCGUCGCCGGGAUCGUCAACCUCGCGAGCUUUAGCCUCGUGUGCUCCUCGAACGGCAUCUACACGCAAGUGCAGCCCAACCGCGAGUAUAUGGUCUUAUCAGCGAUUCUGUCGGGCAUCACGUCCGAGGCGAACCUGAAUCUCAGCGCCAUUUGUGCGCAAGAUGCGACCAAUGCGGCCGGCUGCCUUUUGUACCUCGACCAAACCAUCCGAUUCACGCGCCGCCUGUUGCCGCGCGUGCCGCCAGCGCUCGUCACAAGAGCGACGUCGCUUGUGUCUGCCCUCGAUAUUCAGCUCAUUCAGUUCGUUGCCAACGCGCCGUCGGACCCGCUGUCGCUACUGGCUGCCAACAUUAUGGAUCCGGACGACACGUCCUUCCAUUUCUUUGGAUGGUGGUUCCUCUGCGACUGGGUGCUUGGGCAGCGCGAUGUCCUGCGCUUCACCGGGGACGUCGGCAGCCUCACAGUCCUCAGCGAGUACAACGAGCCUCUGCAGCAGCCCGUUGCGCAAUGGCAGUCGCCUCGUGCGAUCGCGAGCUACGCCCGGUCGGGCGUUCUGUAUGUCAGCGGCGUUCUUGUCGCGGUCGCGAUUGGUGUCGUCCUGUACAUCAUCAAGAGCCGCGGGCAAUUCGAGGGCGGCAAUGUCUUUGAGAUCAACCGCGUCGGCGCGGUGGUGUGGGUCGGGCGACCCAUGCUACUGCUGCGAUCGAUGACCGCCAUUGCGCUUCUUUCGACGGCGACGCUGGAAUUGGACUUUUCGGGCUUUCUGACACGGUUCGUGGUGCCCCCCACGCCUGUGCUCACGACGCUUCUCGCCGCCGGCGAAGUCACGUGGUUCUCCACGAUCGUCAACGAUGUGGCCAUGGUCUACACGCGGCAAUAUACGAGCUACUACGCGACGCCGAAUGCAUGCUUGAUCUGGCUCAUGACAGGCACCGCGAGCCUGCUCCGGCCGGUCUCGCACUCGGCCCACAUUGAAAAAGCGUGUGGUAUCGGCCGCAUGGACGAUACCGUUCUCUGCGACAGCGGGAUCCUUGAAAUUGGCAGCCAAAGUCGCCUGCUCCUGCUGCUCGUGACGGUGUGUGCGUCGAGUCUGCUGACGUAUCUGGUCGCGCGGUAUUUUGUCGAAUCGCCGGCGUCCAACGUCGUCGCAUCGCGCUAUCUCUAUGCGGGCGCCCGCUAUCUCUUUGUGUCGGCACCGUGGGUCCAGAAUGAGACGUACUAUCUGGACCGCGCAUCGGCCUUGCCCACGGGCAUUCUCACGUACCAGAGCAGCUGCGACGAGAUCGUGGCGCUGGACGUGAAAGGCUGGCGCGUCGUGCGACUUCCCCUGCACACCACGUCGCUGCCCCCCGAGUCGUGGCUGGCGGCCCGGGCACAGUAUGCACUUCCAUUGACCGACUGACUCUUUUCUCAAGUCUCAUUUUUUACUACAAUGUAUGGCUUGCAGACACA